UCUUGGGCUGGGCGUUGAACAGGGUUAUUUCUCUCCAGUUCUACCUCGAGGAGGCCCCUGGUGUUUUUGCCGCAGCCUCUGUCACUCUGUGACUUGUAGGUACUGGGAAAUCCAUAGGGAGGACGCUGGGACACCCCGGAAGCAGGGAAAUGCUCAUUGUGCCUUAAUCUCUACUGUGACAAAGUACAGAUGAGUGUGGCUUCUUCUGCACUUCAUGGUUCUUCUGCCUGUGCGUGUGAUGGUGGAAGACAAAAGGGUUGUGCUGAUGCCUUGAAAUGCAUAUUCUCAAGAUGCAGCUGUGAUUUGCCUGGAAGGAUUUGUCUACUUCCUAGAGAAGCAGGAAAAAGAGGAAGAAAUGGCUGGUUCUCAGGAAUUGUUAACAUUCAAAGAUGUGGCCAUAGAUUUCUCUGUGGAGGAGUGGACAUGCCUGGAUUCUGCUCAGCGGAAUUUGUAUAAGGAUGUGAUGUCAGAGAACUACAGAAACCUGGUCUCUUUGGGUCUUGCUGCCUUUAAGCCGGACCUGAUCACCUGUCUGGAGCAAAGUCAAGAGCCCUGGAAUGUGGGUGAAGCCCUAGCCAGUCACCCAGGUGUAUUUUCUCAUUACACCCAAGGUCUCCAGAAGAAGCAGUACAUAGAAUCUCCAUCCCAAAAAGUAACAUUAGGAGUACUUGGGAGUUUGGGCCUUGAAAAUAAACAUUUAGAGAAAAACUGGGAACUCCAAAUUAAGCUUGAAGAACAGAAUGCAUAUUGCCACAGACAUAAAAAAUGUAAUACAACUACAUGUAAUGAAAACGUCACUGAUAGAAAAGGUCAGAAAUAUAGAACAUUUUGGAAAAAGUCUUCAUUUACUUCAGUUACUUUUGCUGAACCACAUGUUUCUGUAAGUAAAUGUCAACACCAACUUUUGGAAGAUAAAUUUUAUGUGAAAGAAAAUUCGGAAAAUUUAAAUAGUGACCUAAGCCAGAUUCAGAAUAAUGAUUUGGAUCAAUUAAAAUGUAGAAAUGGGUUAAAAAUUCAGUCAAAUAUUCCUGAAGAUCUGAGAUUUAAAAAUGGAGGGAAAUUUUCUGUAGGUGACCAAUUUGAUGAGUUACCCGUUAAAGGUUCAUUAUUCUUCCACCAAAAAUAUGCCAAAAUCUACAACUUUGAUCAGCAUGGGAAGAACUUUUCCCAUUCUUCAUUGCUUAAGCAAGAUCAGGGAAUAGAUAAUUGGAGAAGACAUCACACCUGUAACAAAACUUUAAUGUCCCUUAACCAGGGCUCUACCCCAAAUUAUUACCAGGAUAUUAAUAUUGGAGACAAAAAUUAUCAGUGCCAUAAAUCUGAUAAAACCUGUAGCCAAGGCUCUAGCCCUACAAAACAGCAGAAAGCUUAUUUUCUAGAGAACCAUCACAAAUGUACAAAAUGUAAGAAAGUAUUUCAUCAAUAUUCAGAGCUUAUUUUACAUCAAUGUAUAGAAAUUCAAGAGAAGUCUCAUGAAUGUAACAAAUGUUUAGAAGCUUUUACCCAGUCAUCAGAUCAUAUUCAGCAUCAAGAAAUCCAUUUUGGAGUAAACUCAUCCAGAUAUGAUAAAUGUGAGAAAGCCUUUAGUCAAUCAUCAGAUCCAAAAAAACAUGAUAUAAUCCCCACUGAAGAGAAACUCUACAAGUGCAAUGAGUAUGGCAGAAUUGGUAACCAUGUUUCAAGUCAAGAGAAACCCUACGGAUGUAGUGAAUGUGGCAAAGCCUUUAACCGUAGUUCACAUCUUACUCGUCAUUGGAGAAUUCAUACCAGGGAGAAACCCUACAAAUGUGAAGAAUGUGGCAAAGCAUUUAACUGUACUUCACAUCUCACUGGGCAUCAGAGAAUUCAUACUGGAGAAAAACCAUACAAAUGUCAAGCAUGCAGUAAAUCUUUUACUCAUUAUUUUAGUCUUACUCGUCAUCAGAAAAUUCAUACUGAAGGCAAACCCUACAAUUGUAGUGAAUGUGGCAAAGCCUUUAACCAUAGUGCACAACUUACUCGUCAUCAGAGAAUUCAUACUGGAGAGAAACCUUACAAAUGUAAAGAAUGUGGCAAAGCUUUUAACUAUAAUUCAGGUCUCACGGAGCACCAGAGAAUUCAUACUGGAGAAAAACCAUACAAAUGUAAAGUGUGCGAUAAAGCUUUUAGUCAUUAUUCAGGUGUUAUUCAGCAUUGGAAAAUUCAUACUGAAGAGAAACCCUACAAAUGUAGUGAAUGUGGCAAAGCCUUUAACCGCAGUUACCGUCUUACUCAACAUCAGAGAAUUCAUACUGGAGAGAAACCAUACAGAUGUAAAGCAUGCAGUAAAUCUUUUUUUUAUUCUUCAAGUCUUGUCACGCAUCAGAAAACUCAUACUGGAGAGAAACCGUACAAGUGUAAAGGUAGUGGCAAAGCAUUUAACUGUAAUUCACAUCUUAGGGGGCAUCAGAGCAUCCAUACUGGAGAAAAAACUUUAAGAAGUAUGCAGUAAAUCUUUUACUAGUCCCUCAAGUCUUAUUUGGCAUCAGAAAAUCCAUCCUGGAGAGUAACCCUACAAAUGUAAAGAAUGUACCAAAGCCUUUAUCUGUAAUUCAUGUCUUACUGAGCACCAGAAAAUUCAUACUGAAAUAAAACUCUACAAAUGUAAAGUGUGUAGUAAAUCUUUUACUCAUUGUUUAGGUCAUAUUCACCAUCGGAGAAUUCAUACCAGAGGAAAAGCUUACAAAUAUGAAGAGUGUGGUAAAGCCUUUUACCAUAGUUCAAGUUUUAGUCAACAUCUAAGAGUUCAUAGUAGAAAAACUCUGUAGAUGUAAUUAAUGUGGGAAGCACUUUAACAAAAAUAUAAAACAUGGGGCCAGGUGUGGUGGCUCACGCCUAUAAUCCCAACACUCUGGGAAGCUGAGGCAGGUGGAUUGUGAGCUCACUGAUUUGACACCAACCCGAACAAGAACGAGACCCAAUCUCUACAAAUAGCUCAGCAUUGAGGAUGGUGCCUGUAGUCCCAGCUACUCAGGAGGCUGAGGCAAGAGAGUUUGAGGUUUCUGUGAGCUGUGAUGCUAUGGCAUUCUACUGAGGGUGACUAAGACUAAAACAUGAGGGCAGCACCUAUGGCUCAAAGGGUUGGGUGCUGACUCCAUAUGCCGGAGGUAGUGGGUUCAAGCCCAGCCCCGGCCAAAAACUAAAAAACAAAAAAACAAAAAAAAAAAAGACUGAAACAUGAAUCACAAGAAAGACCAUAGAGAAAGUUUUCAGCUGCAAUAAGUAAGGGAAGUAUUAAUUAAAACUCAUCUAAUUGUAUCAAUUGUUUCCCAGAAGAAAGGACUAAAAUAUAUUGAUAUACUUUCUCAGGCUUAGAUCAGUUUUUGUGGAAAGUAGGUGGAGUGGUGGAUGAAUCAAACUUUGUAGGCACAGCUUUAAAAUAUUUUGUUGCCAGAAGUAAAUGUUUUAUGUACAGAUGCUUGUGGGAGAAUAUGCUAGGCAGAAAUCAGCAUGAUGUGUGUUGUGGUUAAACACGAAAUCCACUUCCCAAGUUCUAAAUGUAAAGUAUUAACUCCAACUCUAGAUAGGUGACCUUCCAAAGAAAGCCAGUCCACAAGUGGCAAGAACAAUCCUCAUUUAAAGUCAGAUGGUCAUGCUCAUGUUGACCAUUGAUUACUGGGGGUAGGGGAAUCCUGACAUGAUUGUGGGCCACUCAGACCUAGAGUCCAGAUGUUUGUAGGACCCAACUUGUGUUUAAGUAUGUAUUUUAAAAGAACCUUGUCUCUUAUUUGUACUUAAGCACUAGCUCCUCUUUUGCACAGCAAGCACUUGUGAUGAUCUGUGAGGCAUUCCACUGUGGAACAAUAAACACAGCACACCCAGGGAAAAUAAAAGUCAGACCAUCAGUAAAGUAUCAAAGGAAUGGAAAACCGAAGUGUCCAACGUGCCCACUACUAUUGUGAAGCCAGUAGAUGAACUAACACAUGCCCACACAAAAGAAAAACAAUUCAAGUUGAGGGAAAGAGGGGGGUUUGCUGUUUUCUGACCUACUGGGCACAGUGUAAGGUUGUAUGGCACACCUCCUGAGUGCCAGACAACCACAACAGGGACCUUAGCGGAUGCAAAUGUUGUAACCUAAUUGUUUAUACCAUCAUAUUAAUCUGAGGUUACAAAAAAAGUUACAUCAUGGGGUGGUGCCUGUGGCUCAAAGUGGUAGGGCGCCAGCCCCAUAUGCUGGAGGUGGCGGGUUCAAACCCGGCCCCAGCCAGAAACUGAAAAAAAAAAAAAAGUUACAUCAUCAGUCUAGUUAUGCCCACUCUUAACUGUGUUUGGGGUACUAGGAAGUAGAUGGUCAGUCCAUUGCUUAGAGCAUUUUAACCUAAAACAUUUAUUUCACCCAGUUUUUAGGCUUGAAUUCCCCCAUGAUCUUUUACAGCCCAUGUUAUCCUUUCACCCACCCUGUCUAGAGUUGAAAGGGGAUUGUGAGUUUUGGAAAUAGAUACAACAAAGUUGGGUUUCAAGUUAUAUUCACACAGUUAAUGUUGGCACAAUUGAAAUAUAUUUCCUUCAAAAGAUGUUAAUUUCUG